AUGUCGGACUAUGUUGGCCGGAUUUUCUCUCUGUUCAGGGGGCGGCUUAAUCCGCCGGCAAUUGCGACAGACGCGGAUCGCUAUAACGUAGCAGAGGACGGGCUUCCCCCGGCGGGGGCUCAAGAACUCGCCAACGAAAUCAGGGACGAGAAGCAGACGGCCAUGACCAUGUUCGGGCUCUCGGCUGUUCUUCUGGCCAACAUCAUUCCAAGAUUGCACAAUCAUCCCUCGCACCAGGUCAUCUUAUGGGUUUGCCUCGCCUUGCUGUUGUCAUUUAGUUUCAACCUCAGCCUGCUCGCAUACCUGUUGACAGCCUGCUCUAAGAAGUCGCUGGGCAUCGCCAAGUGGGCCAGGAGCCUCAACUGCUGGAGCAUCAUUGCCAUCGGCCUCUGCUGGCUGGUCUGGUUCAUAGGGCAAUUCUUUCUAUAG